AUGCCACGUGACAUGUUUAAAUUCAUUUCUUCACACAUCGAAACUUACGAUGUGGGCCAGCCAGAUGAUGUUUGUGAUGAUGCAUCAGACACUUCAGAUGAUGGGGAUGUCGAAGAGAAAGAGGAAGCUGAAAACGGGCCAGAAGGAGAGUAUUUCAACUGCGCGGAAUAUUCAGAUCGAGAUUUCAGAGAUCUCUCUGAAGAGCAACUCAGGAAAGAUGUCAGAAUCAAAAGGGGCAUCGUUGGUAGUGGAGUUGUUAAAGUCGUCCCUGCAAUAACUCCAAAUGCACACGACAACUUUUCUAAAAUUAGAGUGAUUUUAGAUAAUGUUUCGGUUGACGAACAUUUGUGUUCUUAUAAAAGGCAUAUGUAG